AUGGAAGUGCCGCCUCUGCCAACGGCGGCGGCGGAAGAGGAGCGCCGAAGCGUAGAGACGGGGCCGUGCCUCCCCAGGCUGCUCUCCGGCGUCCUCUCGGGGGCCCUCACCGGCAUCUUUGCCGUUGCUGGAGGCCUGACGGGGGCGUUCACCGGCGCAUUGGCCGGCCGAGCUUCCGACAGCGGCGUCCUCCGGGGAGCCGGCCUGGGGGCCUUUGCGGGGGCGGUGCUCUCCAUCGAGGUUCUCGAGGCUUCGCGCGCCUACUGGAGGGCGGACCGAUCGAGCCCGCAGAGCACGUCCUCCAUGGGGGAUUUCAUAGAACAGCUCCUUCAUGCUCGAUUUGUGCAAGACCAGUAUGAGCCAUCGGUAUAUAUGGCAUAUCGUUGGCAGGUUGGCAUUGCGGACAAUGAUGAUCUGUUCGAUGUUCUUGAAGAUGUUUUAUCCGAAGGGCUCUCACAAGAUACUCUAAAGAAGUUGCCACAUCAUGUGGUGACUGAUCAGAAGCAGGAAUCAAUUGGUGAAAAUGUGUCUUGCGCUAUUUGCCUGCAGUUUGCCUUCUCCCAGGAUGUUGUUAGCGGAGAGACAGUGAGGAAGUUGCCAAAGUGCUCUCACACCUUCCAUCAGCCUUGUGUGGACAGAUGGUUCAUUGACCAUGGUUCAUGCCCAGUAUGUAGGCAGGAUGUGUAG